AUGACUACGAUAAGGCAUACGAGAACGGGGACUCUACACACCUUCCUGCUGCGUCUUUCCAAAAACUCGCUAUCGGAUAUCGGAGAUCUAAGGAUAAGAAAGGGCGGCGCUGCUGAACUCGGCGCACCCAUGAGACCACUUCGGACUAUUUUGGCGUCCCUUCCCUUGUUUGUUAUAGCUGCCCUUGACGAUGUCCCUUCUCUAGUCUCAGUCGAUUCUAUCCACCCUGUAAGGGGCCCCGCCACUCUCUUGUUCACGCCUAUGCGUUGA